AUGCAUCCCUUGCAGCGUGUCGCUUCUCCAUCGCGGGGCCUUUCCGCCCUUAUACAUAUGCUGGGCAUGGUGUCUUUCAUGACGAGCUUCAGCUACCUGCACUUGUUUCCGCGGGAACUUCAUCUGGGAUUCGGAGGAGCUUUCAAGUUCCUGACCAUUAUUGGCCUAGGUCUAGCACUUGUCACGUUUGCAGUUGCCUUGCUUGCGGAUCUAAUCUUGAGCCCGAGCCUGUUCAGAAUCAAGAAUGUCCUCUCGGUCUGUUCUGCGCCCUUGGCCGUGCUCAUAAGCACCCUUUACUGGGGCAUUUGUGCAAUUAAUAAGAACCUGGUUGUGCCGCCCGACAUGGCCAUUCCCGUUCUCCCAGAUGUAGGAUUCCAUGCCAUGCCGGCUAUCAUGCUGACGCUGGACUUGAUGUUCCUGAGCCCCCCUUGGACGGUCAAGGGAUAUGGUGCUAUGACCAUCAGUACGACCAUAGCAUUUUUUUACUGGGGCUGGGUGGAACUCUGCUUUUCUAAGAACGGAUGGUAUCCGUACCCGAUCUUCGAUAUCCUCAACACCUGGCAACGAGUCUUGCUGUUCACCUUUUCGGCGCUGUUGAUGACAGGUAGCACAAUGGCUUUGAAGUGGGUUUAUGGCAAGAUCAACAGCAUCGAGAAGUUCAAGAAAGAUGCUCUGCGCCCUCUCAAAGACGAGUGA